AUGCGAGAGGUCAACCGAGACUCUUCAGAAUCACCACAUGAGACAGAUAAACCAAAGCCCAUCUCUCUAACAGAAGGGCUCGAUUCUGCGCAUAAAACCGUCAGCCCAUCACCAGCUUUCACCCGACCAACAUCAGUCCCCUUCAUCGCCCUCGCUCCUCCCACACCCACCAUCCCAAUUCUCAACAAACCCUCCCCACCCACGCCUGAGAAGCUGCAGAUCCCCAGGGCUCACCCAGCAGCAAUUCUAGCACGCAAUAAACCGCGUGUGCUGGGACAUAAACCACGACUGGUUCUACUGCCACCAUCAAUUCACAACCCAGCGCUCCAGGACCCGACCCCCGAGCGUCGUGGUGAAUCGUGGUGGAAAAGAACACAUAAAUCUGCCCAGUAUAAACCAUAA